AGUAAAAUUGUCUCGUUAAUAUCGCCAAUGAGCGAGAGCGCGUCUUUACCAUCGCUAUUUUCAUCCGUCUGUGAUCGUGCCUGGCCCAGAUUCUGCACGACCGUCAAACCGUGAUCACUUGAAAAAGCCGCUUCCUCAAUCCUCUCAUUAAUAUCCAAAUUCGGUAGUCGUUUUAACUUCCUCGGAGGCAGCUGCUGGUGCCCAUGAGAGAGUCGUGAGAAAUUCGUUGGCAUUAUUUUUUUCAAAUAAAUCAGUGUGUGGUGGUGUCACCUAAAAUGUGACUGUUGGGUUCAAGUGGUUUUUAUUCCGCACGUCUGACUACAACUCCAUCCGUCGUAUCGAUGAUAUUGAGUUUCCUGGUGAGUGCAUCCUCACAUACAUGGAGUUUCAGCUGGACAGCGCCGAGUACUGCCAGGCUCAACACAAAUAGAGAGAUACAAGACGUACGUUUCAAUAUUGAGUAAAUUAUAUUUUAAAAUAAAAAAACCAGAGGAGCAAGUGAUUAUAAAAAAAAAGCCAGGACGUAGUGAUUGAAACGAAAUAUACGUGUUAUAUUGUAGAAAUAAAAAUUGAAACGAUCUAGUAUUCAUCAAUAGAAAACGAUAAAUCAAUCAGCUAGUCAUCAGGAAAACUCAUUAGUGAAGAAUUUUUAAUCGACAUUACCAUGUUCAGGCAUCGUAGUCAUUGAGUGCACCUUGGUGGGGAUUACCCAGCGCCAAAUAGAUAAUCUUCCGAAAUAAAAAUCGCAUAUCACGCAUCUUUCACGCCUGAAUCGACAUCUAUCAAGAUUCUGUGUGUGUAAAAAAAAGUCAUUCUCCCCUCUGUCCUAGGAAGGAGGAUCAUACAGUGAAAUGAAGAACCUCACGAUAAGACUGACACCUAUGGGCUAAAUCUUCAAAAGAAUUUCAUCUGUAUUUCUUACUAUUAUUCCUUUUUAUAAUUUAUUUGGACAUAUUACGUAGCCUUGCACAGCUCGUUUAGCCAAGUUAUGAAUUAUUGAUUUGAUAUUUAAUUUGAAGAGGAUAAUAAAUUAAUUAUAUUAACGUGCAAUUGUAUGAAGAAAUGAGCAACAUGCGGGUGAAAGAUAUCAGGCCGGCUCCUGCCGAAAUUGAAUACAAAAAUAUGAAAUUCCUCAUCACCGAUCGACCCAGUGAUCAGACUAUUCACGCUUUCAUCCAAGAAUUGAAGAAGCACAAUGUGAUGGAAGUUGUGAGAGUGUGUGAGCCGACAUACAAAGUUGAGGAACUCAAAUCCGAGGGAAUUAAUGUUCUUGAUUUGGUGUUUGAUGAUGGAACAUUUCCCCCGAACGAGGUGAUCGAUGAUUGGUUCGAGUUACUGAAGAAUAGAUUUCGCGAAACACCUGAGGCAUGUGUAGCUGUGCACUGUGUUGCUGGACUCGGUAGAGCGCCUGUUCUGGUAGCACUUGCACUCAUUGAAUUAGGACUGAAAUACGAGGAUGCUGUGGCUCUCAUCAGGGAGAAACGACGUGGCGCUAUAAAUGCCAAACAAUUGGGCUAUUUGGAAAAGUAUCGUCCCAAAUCUCGAUUGAAGCUCAAGAACGGACAAAAGAAUUCAUGCUGCGUCCAGUAGAGUGAAUGACGAUGAAUUUCUUAGUUAUCAUUUAUUUUUCAUUUUCAUCAGUGCAAGUAAUUGAUUAUUGUUUAUAUAAUUUUCACCAAUGUUCGCACGAUUGUGACGAAAAGCGACAUAUUGUACCAAUUAUAUUAUAAAAAACAAACUAAUGGCCUAUCAGUGGAAAUGCAACAGAUGGGGCUAUUGCCGAAUUGUUAUCAAUGUUACUUUAUUUACCCCCUUUAAUUUAUGAUGUAUAUCUCUGGCAAGUCUAUACCCACGAAUAAUUGACUGAAAUUUACAAUUGUACAUUUACGUUUUCAAUGCGAUUUAUACGUACAUUAAUUUUUAUACUCUGCCGUCAAUGGGCUAGGGGCCAAUUCGUAUACCUAUGGUCCAAUAUCUUUUAGCUAUCGAGCGAUCACGUUAUAUAUCACUAUAUAUGUAUCAAUUGUAUGCGUAUUAAAAUUUUCGUUCUGUUAAAAUUUGUAAAUUUCUCAUGGCAAUAUGAAGGAACUAAUAAUACGAGAUUGUAAGGAAAAUGUU